UUUUGCGUUGACUGAUAAAUCUUCUGCACAAAUGGCUAAGAAUAUUCAAAAAAUUUAUGACGAUCCUAAGGAGCCUCUCUCUUGGCCGAAUUGUUUUAAUUCAGAUAAGGGGACGGAAUAUUUGGGGGAUUGUAAGAGUUUAUUACUUAAACACGAUGUAAAAAUACAAUAUGCCAAAAGCAAGAAAGGUAAUGCUAUAGCUGAACGUGAUCACCAGGAAUUUGAAAAGCAUGGUUAUAUUCAGCAAGAUGCUAAAGAUUUUCUACUACCUUUAUCAGAACGUUCUAGAGAUUGGGUUAGGAGCCUUCAUGCUAAUGAUU